UCGUCUCCGCCUCCUUCGUCAUCGCAGUUAUCUCCCUUGGCAGUGCUGCUGUUCAUUUCUCAAUCAUGGCUGCGGUCUAUCGAUCUGCAAUCAAAGCGCUUGACAAGUUGGUUCCGCCACGAAUGGUUCCGUUAUGGAACCAUCCUGCAGGUCCUAAGACUAUUUUCUUUUGGGCACCAGCUUUUAAAUGGUCACUUGUAAUUGCUGGUUUAGGGGAUUUAUCUCGACCUGCUGAAAAACUUAGUGUGACACAAUCUACAGCUUUAACGGCAACAGGUCUCAUCUGGUCCCGGUAUUCAAUGGUUAUAAUACCUAAAAACUACAGUUUGUUAGCUGUAAAUAUAUUUGUAGCUCUCACUGGAAUGUAUCAGUUGAAGAGGAUUUUCAUGUAUCGCUAUUAUCAAAAGUCAUGAUUUGGAAAUACUGCAAAAUAUAGGAAUUUUGAUUUGAAAUGCUCAUUAUCAUUAAAGGAAAGGAAGAUUUAUUUAAAUUUUUGGAAUAAUUAUUUGUUGAUUUAUAAAAUGACCAUGUUAAAGCAAUAAAUUAAGAUACACAUAUUAAA